AUGGCCAAUUACCUCGAUCCCGACUUGCCUGAAACUGUUGCGCAACUUGUAACCCCGCAUGGGCCCCACGUUCUAUCGAACCUCGACACGCUGGGAUCCUCCGCCAGCAAAUGGGGUGCUGGGGAAGUGAAAGCCUUCAGGGUCCUCAAAAACAAGGCAGCUUGGCAGAAAAGUUUUUUGUUGCCUUUACGUGACCUUCAUGAGCACUCGUGCCCAAUCUGCCACCCCGAGAGCUCUACCCCUUACGAAGUGAACCCCGCCAUGAUAGAGCAUCUUCUCACUCCAGUUUCGCGACUUCGCACCGCCUCUGAGUCCUUUCUAUGUGGCCUGCCAACUGGCAGUUUUCAUCUCGCGUUGGCCAGGUUAAUUCGAUGCGAUGUGCGAGAUCCAGUGCGAAACCAUAACACCCGCGAGCGUGCUGGUGACAGACCAGUCGCUCAGUAUCCCGAUUUCGUCCCAUCAUCUAUGAUUCCAUUUCCAGAGUCCUCUUCCCCCGCACGGCGCUCCUCCUCCGAAUACAGUAGUAGUCACGCUAGCAUUCCUUUGGACGAUGACCAGAACGAGUUCCGUGCCCGGAGGCCAGAGUCCCUGGUGGCCAAUCUAGUUAAGGAACUCUUCCACUUGUCUUUGUACUCGGUCCUGAAACAAUGUCAUCCCAAAGAAGAAUUUUGUUUUCGCCCAGAGAGUCAUUCGUCGUGGGCACUGAUUGCUGCCACAGGUGUUGUCGGUGCCGAUGAUGGCGGCCUGUGUAAGAAGCGUCUUCAGUCCGGUUCCUGGACAACCCUUAACCCGUCUCUGAUGUUGGGCGAAUCUAAAGGGCCCGCGUGUAGCGUCUACUCGUAUAUUUGCAACGGUACAUUUAUCCGUUUCUUACAUUUUGACUUCGACUCUCGCUACGAGGAAUACUUGGACGCCCCAACGGAGAACGAGCAAUUAGACAUAGUUCAGGAUUAUCCAGAAGACACAUGCGUUCGUGUUUCUAGUACGAAGUGGCUAGAUCUCGAGGAGCCCAAAGACGUUAUUCGCUCGAUAUGCCAUAUACUGACCAGAGUGAUGAUGGAAGGUCAUGAAUCUGAGGAAUCCGAGGACCAGCCGGAGAAUGAUCAUGAGGCCGGAUACCAGUCGGACACCUUUCUAAUAUUAUGUGGCACUUAUACUCCUCCACUCUCUCAAACCAUACGCCGCUGCGAAUCUGCUCAGCAGGCUGCCGCAACUACCCAACAGCGCGAAUUCCAGCGUGACAAAGAAAUAGGUAAACGAUACUUGAGUUACAUUCCGAGGCGCAUUUACCGCGCUGCAAAUCUCCAUUCACCAUGCUGUUCUAACAGCCGUACUUCCUUCUUCCUCGCCGCCAUUUUAUCAGGAUCAAGUUCCUCGACAACAAUUGCUGCCCAUACUCCAGCGGGGUUGGUGAUUGGUGGCGUCCUCGCCGCGAAUUGCCUGUGCCAGCAGUGGGAGGGCCGACGUCUUCCAGUUCUCGCACCACCAGGGGCUGCGCUGGCUGAUGACCACGACGGCCGCAAAAAACAGCAUCUCAAUGGUGAGAAGAACUGCCAGAAAGGAAAGGUAUCUCCGUUUAAUGCGGAUACACACCUCGCUGUAGAGGGCGUCUCCCGUCACACUUCCGGCGCUAAACGGUACGCCAUCGUCGACGUGCUGCGACGGCGGCGGCUUGUUACUUCGCAUCUCCCCGCCAAUAGCAAGCGAUAUACCGUCCAUGAAGUGGUCCACGGACUCAAUUGUCAUGGUGCCAGCGCUCCAGAGCGUUUGCAGCCACACGGCCCCGUCAACUUGAUCUACACCGCGCACGAGCUGGAUAGAGGCGUUGUCAAAGAUGCGCCCGACGAAAUCUACAAGAGCGCUGGCAGUUUAUCGUCAUCAUCGAGUCCCGUGGAUCUCCUUGGGGCUGACGCAGACGCUAGCGUUAAACGAUACGACGCAGGGUCGGAGAGCACAGUCGAAAGCGAAGGGGAUCAGAUCCGAAUUCUUGUCUUGCAGCGUUGGCUUGACAAGAGCAAUGCCAUAGAUGCUCAGUAA